UUUGGGGGCUUGGUGAAGAGGUAGGGUUUGCCCCUAUUCUAGAAUCUACAAGUGCCUGCCUGCCUCUUGCAGCUGGCCAGUUGUGGGUGGCACAGGCUGUGGGUAUUGCUGGUUCCUGGCCCUCUGUCAAUAACAAUAAAAUCUAGCAAUAUUGUGCUUACUAUGUCAGGCACUCUUCUAAACCCUUUAUACAAAUUAAUUCUUAGAUCUCACAACAACCUUUGAAGCAAACACCAUUAUUAUACUCAUUUUGUAGCUGAGGAAACAGGCACAGAGAGGUUAAGGAACCUGCCCAAAAUUAUAGUUAGUGAAUGGCAUGGACUCUGGAACUAGAGUUUUGUGCUUUUAAAUGCCAUACUGUUUUACCUUUCCACCCAAGGCAGGCCUGACUUAGCUUGAGCAAAAGUCUACUAUGAAAGGAGGAGAUGAGGUAAUCCCUUGGUCUCUACUUGGGAGCCCCAAAUUUUUUUUAACCAACUGGAGCCUGUAAAGUCCAGGACUUCAUAGAGAAAGUUUGCUAACCCCUGCUCUAGAGCCUUUGUAGUAUCUUAGUAUGAAAAGUACCCUUUUUUUUUUUACUAAGAUAUAGUGAGGGAGUACAGUUGGCAGAGUUUGUUUUAUGCUUCUGGGCCCCUGCUCCAUUUGUAGAGACUUCCUCUUUUCUAAGGAUAUUUUCUGGUGAUGUAAUGCAGUACCUUAUCAUGGUCUGGCUGACCUUCUGGCUCAGGCUGUGUCUUUCCUUACACUGAUUGCUUUUGCCUUUUAAGGACCCAAAUGAAAUAUCUUGAGAUAAAACAUUUGUAAAAUAUUUGUGUUGAUUGUGAGGCAGAAUAAGGGGGAAAGGCUGAGCCAGACAGACUUGGGCCCGUAUCCUUAAACUGUUGCUUCCUCAUCAAUACAGGCAAGUAACCUCUGUUUUGGAGCCUUCGAUUUCUUACCCAGAAAAUAGAUGUACAGUCACAGCAUUGUGGUGAUAGGUAUCGGGCGUGGUGGUACAGGCUUAACAGGGCAGCUAGUGGAUAAAAACUCUUGGCCUCACCAAACAUGGUCCAGUUUUCCUGUUUGGUCUUUUGUCCAGAUUCCAGAGCUUGAUGCCUGAUCUGCAAUAUAUUUGGGUCAAAGACUCCUUUGAGAAGGGUAGUGAAAUGGACUGUCAAAAGAACGAACAAAUCUGUCUUGGAAGAAGUACAGCUCCAAUGCUCCUUAGAAGUGAGGAUGGUGAGACUUCAUCUCACAUACUUUGGACAUGUUAUAAGGACAUUAUGCUUGAUAAGGUAGAGGGUCAGUGAAAAAGAGGAAGACCCUUGAGGUGGAUUGACACAGUGGCUGCAACAAUGGGCUCAAGCAUAAUGGUUGUGAGAAUGGUGUAGGACUGGGCAGUUAUUUCAUUCUGUUGUACAUGGGGUUGCUGUGAGUCGGAACCAACUCGAUGGCAGCUAACAGUUCUUUGACAAGCUCAAAGAAACCCAACUAAGCCUUUCUCACCCCAGGCCAGGCACUGACUGUGUUGGUCUUAAUCCAGGAGGGCCCUACUGAGAAGACCCUACAGGAGAUGCUUUGAUCAAGCUGAGCUGCCUAUGGCUAAAAUUGUUAAAGGGUGUUUUGGGCCUCUUACUAUGGGGCUUCCCUCUCUGAGCUUGGUGACAUGGAUCUCACCUGUGUAACUGAGGCACUGAGGCAGUGAGGGUGUGGAAUGUAGUGAGCUGUCACAGUGCCCUUGUACACAAUAUGGGAUCUAGGAUCAUUUUAGGGACCAUUCUAAUCUGUAGAAAUCCACAAAGGAGAAAUUGACUAGAGGCUUUUAGGCAAGGAUGAGAGACAGCUGCUGUGGGCCUUAAAGCCUGUAUAACCCACCCACCUGGAGCCUCUAACUCUGGGUAUGGCUCCUUCCCUGUGACGACAUAACCACUUGCUCCAUUUAGCCUUUUUUUUCCCAAGCAGAUCUCCUGUCCCCCAUCGUUGUGGGGACACUUUUAUCUAUGGACUGUAGAGUCUGGGGAAGAAAGCCCUCUCUUCAGCCUGUCAACGUAAUCCCCAAGAUGUAGGCCUAGUGCAGGCCCAGAAGGUGGUGCCAGUUCAGCCAGGAAAAGAGCAAUUACACUCUGACCUUUCGCUGAAAUUUUACCUGGAAAAGUUCCUCCAUUUCAAGAGUCUUUCAUCUUUUAGUAGGCACCUCCUGCUCAUGGACAGCAAAAAAUUUCCAAUUACCGCCACACCCUAAUGAUCUCUCCACCUGGAGUGUGUUUCAAACAGCUGCUCAUGUAUCUACAUCCUCUUAUUUCAUCUUAGGCACUAAAUUCCUAGGAGUUGUGUCCAAAGUUACCAAGCUCUUAGCUAUCAAACCUGCUUCGGUCUCAUUUUCUUCUUGUAAACUAACGUGAACCCCCAAAUGUCUGUGCCUGAGAGGUCUCAAAGAUGUACUCCCAGAAGACUAUAAAGCACAGAGAGGGGAAGGGCUGGCCUAUGGUCAGUCACUCUGCCUAGACCCCAAGCUUCUGCCUUCCAGCCAAGCAUUUUUUUCUUAAGGCUAAAGUUGUUAGACUUCUUAGGUCUUUCUGCUGGAGGAAGGAGAAUGUAGCUCCGUGCUAAUUCAUUCAGCAAAAUACUUUAUUGCAGAGAGCCCAUGAAUUUUUUUCCCCCUUUUCAGGAGCAGACUUUCACAUUCAACUCCCAGGGGUGUGGGAUGGCUGUGGAUAACUGCUGCCAUUUAAUUAAGCUGAAGGCUGCCUUGUUGCCACUUUGCUUUUAAAAAGUUUGAUUUUUGCUCCAUAUUUAAAUAAAACAACAGAUAAUUUAACAAUUUAAAUUAAAAAAAAAAAAGAGCUAGUGUAAAUAUAUAUGUUGAAAUAUUUCCCUAACAGUAGUUAAUUAUUCCACUGGUAGUAAUUACCCAGUCUUUUCUUUUGUAGGGGCAUGGCAUGCAAGAUAGGAGCAGGAGACAGUGUUGUUACAAUUUUGUUCUUUUUCCCAAUGGACAGGGGCCUGAGGCUCAUAGGCUCUUCCCUUAACUGUGGUAGUAUUAUCUUUACAAAUGAACACAAAAAGCUAGUUUGGUUUUGCUUGGAGUAUAGAAGGCAGAAAUGGAGGGUUAGGAGAAAGUACUUAUCUUUGGGAUGAGAAAUUUCCAGAGCCCAUUUGGCACCACAUCACUCUAGGGUGGUUUAGCACUGGGUCCACAGACCCAACUGGCUCUAGGACAUCAGGUUGUUCAGCUUUUUGCUUAUCUAAUCAGAUGUGUUCUUACCCAAUGUUCACUAGGUCACCACAUAGCUCGUAGGUAAGCCCCUAUCUGGUGUCACGCAGAAUACAAACUCAGAGAUUAAGGGAGGGUACAGAAAACUGGCCUUGUAACUUGUAGGUUAGGUGGGUUAGGCAUAGCUCUGCUUUGCAAUGUUCCCUAAGUGCAAACAGUAACUGUCCCUUCCUGGUCCUGAGAGGAAUGGAACCAGGGUAGAUAAGUGGAGUUACACCCUGCCCAAUCUCAACUCUGAGGCUCUUUGGCAAGAGGCACCCUCUAUUCCCUGGGCGGAAGGAUUCGCGACCAUCCUGUCCACCUUCAGCUGUGUUGCGUCUCUACUUUUCCUUGGGGUAGGGGAACAGGCAACUCAUAUCCAAAUACCCAACUCCGAAGUUGAAAAGGGCCUCCAGAAGAGCCAUCAGCCAAGUUUUCAGGGAGAUGCCAGGUAGAUGGGGAAAGAAUCUUGUUGCAAUUGUCUUGGUUAAUCCCUCCAUGUCAUAGAAGACCUAGAGUCUUUUAAGUCUCCUUACCCAAAAUUCACACCUUUGCCCCAAAAUUUAUUAAAGCUCCCGGGUCAUUUAAUGAAUACUCAUAUAACCACUCAUAGUUUGGUGACACAUCUUCUUUUUUGGUUUAGAAAUCUGUAGCAGUUCCCACUUAAGCUAUUGCUCAAAGCUGUUGUUUUGGGUUUUGGAAAUUUCCCAGCCCUGCGCCUGCUUCCCUGAACCUGCUGGCAAGAUAUGCUGUGCAGAAGGCCCCGGCAGGUACUGGGAGGAAAGCCCGUAACCCAAGGCUUGCAAUGUGGUUUAAUCACCACACAAGCGCUCCCACUGAUUUAGAAGCUCCUGCCACUCCUCAUUCACAUGUGUUUAAAACAAAACAACUACAAUCCACUGAAUUCAUCCAUGGUUCCAAGAGCUUCCACAUUGGUCCUGAUUGCUCUUCCCCUGGGAGAGAUGGCAGGUGGGUCAGACACUAAAUUUUCCACAGCUGAGUAUUCAUUCUACUAGGGAGAUGGUCUGGAGCAGAUACAGGAUCUGGUGCACUGCAGACCUGGCUUGCCGAACACCCUCCCACAGUAGGGAGAUAUGGGAUUUGUCCAAUUCCCUGUACACAAGAGACCAGUUCUUUCCUAGAUAAGGCUAAAAGGUUUCAUAUACUAUUCCUGAAGACCUCAUUAUUAGAAUUCUAUUUUGAUUAGAGUGAUCUCACUAUUUUAGAAUCAAAAUGUGGCCAGGUGCCUGGCCUCCCUCAAUGGCUUCGCGUGGCUUUCAAAGGGAAGGACAGUGGUGACUUUUAGUAAAAUGGAUGAAAGGGUCCAAGCCAGCAAUACAAUCACUCGAAGUCCAGAUGAGAGAUCAGUAAAUACAUGUCUGAAAGACAGACCUUGAGCACAUUCUUCUGGUAGACAUUAACUUAUUAAAUCAAUCCUGAUUGCAAAUAUAAACUUUGCCCUCAUCUGGCAACCACUGGAGAGAAUUUCAACCUAUAAAAAGGAAGCAGGGACUGACCCUGGCUCCUACAUCCUCCUGUCAAGAUGUGGCCCCUCAGGCUCUUUGCAGUGCUCAUGACCUGCCUCCUGCUGUUAGGCCAGGUAGAUGGUUCCCCAGUACCAGAACUGAGCUCAGCAAAGAGAAGGCUGAGGCGAAUGACCCCAUUUUGGAGAGGAGUGUCCCUUAGGCCUAUUGGAGCCUCCUGUCGGGAUGAAUCUGAAUGUAUCACAAGGCUAUGCAGGUAACUCCUUAAGCCUGGGAGAGGGCUGGGCCACAGAGCCCUGGGAAGCUGGGCAAGGGAGAAGUCAGGAAUCACACAGGCCAAGGGAUAAAGCUAGUUGGGAGGGGUGCCUGAGGUGAGGUGGGGCUGCGAGCUCCCUGGAGGAAGAGAAUCUCUCAUGAGCUAAGAACAAGUCUACACAGGUACCAUCAAAGAGGGUGACUUUCCUUUCUUCUGUGUUCCUGAGACUGGACCAAUUAUGCAGAAGAAAAUGCAGCAGAGGCCACCUUGGGCACUGCUAGACCCAUCUUAAAAACUACCUUUUUGUUUUCCUCUAGAAAAAGACGCUGUUCCCUAAGCGUGGCCCAGGAAUGAAGUACAUACUAGGGAGAGAGAGGACAGCACUCACCUACAACAAUGCUCCGUUCUAUGGAAUAUUGAUUAACUGCAUUUUGGCUGGAGACACCUAAGUGAAGCCAUCUUGUAUUUUUAAUAUUUAAAGACAGAUGUGUGCUUUAACAAGUCUCCGUUUCUUCUUAGAAUUUUGGUAGGUGGAUAAGCAUGACUGAGAUUUUCAACUUAGAGUUUAUUUUUUUAUGAAUACUAUUAAAUGUCUCCAGUUGAAAUUUUGGCAGUCUGGAAUUCAAACUUCUGAGGGGAGGGUGGGUUUGCUUCUGUGUACUAUAGGAAAAAACAUCAUUGUCUAAUAAUGAUGUGUUAACUUCUCAAUCUGGAAAGUGUGAAGGAGAGAGUUUAUGCAUUUUCAAGAAAUACAGAGCACAGUGGCAGGUUAAAGGCAAAAGUUUAGGCAGUAGCUAUGCAAUCAGCUUAAUAACCUGUGGGCCUGGUCCCAACCCUUUAACUCCACGUAAGGAACUCUCAAGUGAGGUGUAGAAGAUGGGGAUUUUGGCAUUUGCCAUCUAAUGAUGGGCCCAGUCUAUGACUCUUUGAACAUAAGCCAGAACAGGAAGAAAAAUCUAGUUUAAUAAUAAAAGCCCAAGCCACCAUGAACACAAAAAGGGUUUGAGAUUUGUUGGAGCAGGAUGAAUUAUGAUCUAUGCACAAGGGCUCAUGGUCAGCAAGUUCAGAAUUUGUCAUCGGAAAGUAAGAUCUGGGCUGCAGGACCAGAAGAGUAACAUGGGGCCCUAAACACAGAACAGAAAUUACAUGGAAGGGGCAAAGUAGGAGUUGAAGAAGUGUAAAGAGCACAGUGUUUAUAAACUUUAAU